UCACGGCGGCGGCGGCGCGGGCGGGGGCGGGGCCGGGGCCGGGCCGGCAGCAGCGGGCGCGGGGCAGCGAGGGAGGCAGCGAGCGAGCGGCGCGGCGGCUGCGCGCACCCCGCACACGGCCGCGGAGGCAGCGAGCACCAUGUGGCGGCCCGCGCUCGCCCGGCUGCUGCUGCUCCAGCUGCUGCUGCUGAAGCUGCACCUCGGCAAAGGCGCCGUCAAGGAGUGCGAGGAGGACCAGUUCCAGUGCGGGAACAAGCGGUGCAUCCCCGCCAUCUGGAAAUGCGACGAGGACGACGACUGCUCGGACAACAGCGACGAGGCGGACUGCCCAAAGAAAACUUGUGCUGAGUCUGAUUUCACUUGUGACAAUGGCCACUGCAUCCCCGCCAGGUGGAAAUGUGACGGUGAGGAAGAGUGUCCUGACGGGUCGGAUGAAUCAGAAGCAGCAUGCACCAAGCAAGUAUGUCCAGCUGAAAAAAUUAGCUGUGGAGACUUGAGCAACAAAUGUAUCCCGUCGUCCUGGAGAUGUGAUGGGCAGAAGGACUGUGAGAGCGGUAUUGAUGAGGCUGGUUGCACUCCUGCGUGUUCCCCCAACGAGUUCCAGUGCAGUAACCGGACGUGCAUUUCCAUCAUCUUCGUGUGCGACGGGGACAACGACUGCGGGGACGGCAGUGACGAGCGCAAAUGCUCCCCUCUGACCUGCAACCCCAACGAGUUCCAGUGCAACAACAGCGUGUGCAUCCCGGAGCUGUGGGUGUGCGACAACCAGCCGGACUGCGAGGACCAGUCGGAUGAGUCCGUGGAGAAGUGCGGCUACGACGCCAAGGCCCUCAACACCUGCGCGGCCCACGAGUUCCAGUGCGGCAACGGCGAGUGCAUCCACCUGAACUGGAAGUGCGAUGGGGACGAGGACUGCAAGGACAAGUCCGAUGAGCAGGAUUGCCCUCUGGUGACCUGCCGGCCGGACGAGUUCCAGUGCGGGGACGGGACCUGCAUCCACGGAGCGAAGCAAUGUGACAAGGUGCACGACUGUCCUGACAACAGCGACGAGGCAGGCUGCAUCCAAGAGUCAGCAUGUGAAAGUCCCAGCAAGUUUCAGUGUAAGAGUGGAGAGUGCAUUGACGGAGGCAAAGUGUGCGAUUCCCAUAGAGACUGCAGGGACUGGUCUGACGAGCCUCUGAAAGAAUGUGGUAUGAAUGAAUGCUCUAUGAACAACGGUGGUUGCUCACACAUAUGUAAAGACUUGAAGAUUGGUUAUGAAUGUGAAUGCCCUCCCGGAUACAAGCUUCUGGAUAAAAAAACGUGUGGAGACAUAGAUGAAUGUGAGAAUCCAGACGCUUGUAGCCAGAUCUGCAUUAAUUACAAGGGGGACUACAAAUGCGAGUGCUACGAGGGAUACGAGAUGGACACCCUGUCCAAGAACUGCAAAGCUGUAGGCAAGAGUCCAUACCUGAUUUUCACCAAUCGCCAUGAAGUCCGUAAGAUAGACCUGGUGAAAAGGGACUACUCUCGCAUCAUUCCCAUGCUGAAAAACGUAGUGGCGCUGGAUGUGGAGGUGGCAACAAACAGAAUAUAUUGGUGUGAUUUGUUCUACCGAAAAAUCUACAGUGCCUACAUAGACAAAGCGAGCGACACAGCUGAGCAGGUGAUUUUGAUAGACAGCCAGCUGAACUCUCCUGAGGGACUCGCGAUAGACUGGGUUCAUAAGAAUAUCUACUGGACGGAUUCAGGAAACAAGACUAUUUCAGUCGCCACUGCAGAUGGAAGCAGGAGGAGGACACUUUUCAAUAGUGACCUCAGUGAGCCAAGAGCCAUUGCUGUCGAUCCUACGCGGAGGUUCAUGUAUUGGUCUGACUGGGGAGACAAAGCUAAGAUUGAGAAAGCAGGCCUGAAUGGUGUGGGGCGGCAAGUGCUGGUGACUGACAACAUUGAGUGGCCUAAUGGCAUCACACUUGAUUUGCUGAAUCAGCGUCUGUACUGGGUAGACUCCAAAUUGCAUUCACUGUCCUGCAUUGAUUUCAAUGGCAGCAACAGAAAAGUUCUGAUCUCCUCUGUCGAUGAUCUGAGCCAUCCUUUCGGCUUAGCAGUGUUUGAGGACAGAGUGUUUUGGACUGACCUGGAGAAUGAAGCAAUCUUCAGCGCAAAUAGGCUGAAUGGCUUGGACAUCUCCAUUUUAGCAGAAAAUCUCAAUAAUCCUCAUGAUAUUGUGGUAUUUCAUGAAUUAAAGCAGCCCAAAGCUCCGGAUUCCUGUGAGCUCAGCCCCCAGCCAAAUGGAGGCUGUGAGUAUUUGUGUCUGCCUGCACCUCAAAUCUCUCCUCAUUCUCCCAAGUAUACAUGUGCCUGUCCUGACAACAUGUGGCUGGGUCCUGACAUGAAAAAAUGCUACAAAGAUCUUCCAGCUACUUCAACUACUCUACUGGUUUCUACAACCACCGCAUCUGGUACUGCCACCACUUCUACCACGGCUAUUGCAACUGUAAUUGGCAGGGCCAGCAACACCACUGAAGUCGCCCCCAAAACUGUAUCAGAAGCUGCUAUUACUAUCCCAAGUUUUCAUUUACCUCCAACCACAUCCAUCCUAAUAGACACUGAGAUGACCACUGGAAACAGCAAUUUAUCACAGCACUAUGCAAAUAACGGUCAAGGCUUUGAUUCAACUGUGACAGCAGCUGUUAUUGGAAUUGUCAUUCCUGUUGUGGUCAUUGGCUUGCUGUGCAUGGGGGGAUACCUCAUCUGGAGAAACUGGAAACGGAAGAACACUAAAAGCAUGAACUUUGAUAAUCCAGUGUAUAGGAAGACAACAGAAGAGGAAGAUGAAGAUGAAAUCCAUAUUGGGCGGACUGCCCAAAUUGGACACGUCUAUCCAGCACGUGUGGCAUUAAGCCUAGAAGAUGAUGGGUUGCCAUGAGGAUGAAGUUGCUGCUCCGCACAGAAUGCACUGAACAAAUUUGCUUUGGAUCAUAGAACCCGCUUUUUCUUUUUAAUCAUUAUUUAUGUUGCUGAAGGGUAACCACAAAGUUAUAAUGAACUGCAAACAUCCAAAGGAUGUGAGAGUUUUGUAUGUAUAAUCUUUUAUACACAUUUUAACUUGUUGCACUACCCAUUUGUGAUAGUGAAUAAGCAACUGCUGAGCUACUAACUCAAUGUACAUAACCAGCCAGGCUGAAGGUUCAGUAGCUAUUGCUUUAUUUUAAGACUAUAUUUAUAGAUACUUUGUAAAUAUGUUGAAUAUGCUUUGUGGCUAUCCAUCAACAUAAGUAAAAGAGAUUCUGUACAGGCAGUUUAGAAAUAUUUAUUAACAAAAUCUGGAUUAUAAUAUCUGUUCUGUAAAUAUAGUAGAGGGGUGAGAGUAUUUAUUUUUUGUAUGUUUGGCUUGCUGUGCAUAGAUUAUCUGUGUAUAUAUCUAUCUAGUCUAGAUAGAUAUAUAGGCAUAUAAAUAUAUACAUAUAUAUAAAUAUAUACAUAUAUUUUAAGACUACUAGCCUAAGUUUAUGGAAAUUAGGGAUAACUGAAUUUCUACAGGAUGUUUGAAAAGUUUGCUUUGAAAUCUAAAGACACUAAGUAAGAAACAGCUGUACUGUGGGAUAGCUGGUGAAUGAAGCACUCCCAUAACAAACAGAAUUCUGGUUUUCAAAGCUGUCUUCUAGGGGUUGCUUUUACAUUUUCCAGUCUUCCACAUUCCUCUGCAAUGCUUUUAGUUGAAGAGCUAUUGCUUACAGCAUUUCAGUGAGGAGAAACUCCUACAGGGCCCAUUUUUUUGUUUUGUUGCUUUUUACAGCUUGGCACAAAUUUGGUUUAGGGUAUUUUGUUUGCUUGUUUUUUAGAUGUAAAUCUAAAUGCUUUUCCCCAGGAAGAAUCUCACACCUCUCUUAAAUUAGCUUGGAGUUAGCAGAAACAAAGAUUUAGUCAUAUACUUUCAUACACCCAAAGUGAGCAUUCUCAUAUGGCUCAUCAGGGGGGAAAAAAGAAAAAAAAAAAGAAAAAAAAAAAAAAGCAAAAGCAGCACAGUGACAAAAGGCGAUUCCUUUCCUGCUGGCCCUUUCCCCCCUAUUCUUACUGAAGAGUCCAAAUUUAGGAGAUGCUAUUGGGUGUGUCAGUUCACCAUACAGGAAUUCAUUGAAGCUCAGCAAGUAUCUUCCAAAUGAAUGCACAUGGAGAAACUUGCCUCGUAGCAGAUCUGACAUACAACAGAGCACUAGGCAAGGAGGUUAAAGGACCAAUUCAUAGCCUUAUCCAUACCCUUUGAAUUCCAAGAAUCAGCUAUCUGAAAAAAGCCACAGGAAGAACAAAGGUGAACACACGUGAUACGUGCAUGAUAAAUGCCUUUUCCCUAUUGUUCCCAAACUGUUUCUCUCUCUCCUGCCAGUCCUCAGUAACACAAUGUUAUUAAACCAAUCUCUCCCAAGGCAACAAAGGUAUCCAGACUAUGCAUUAUUUCUCCAGAUAGAUAUAAUUAGAGUGAACAAAACAUAAUGAAGAUCAAAAUAGUUUACAUAAUCCUGUCUGUUUCUGCAGCAGCAGGGAGUCAGGGAAUUCUUACAUGUACUCAUUUAUUGGCAGAGCUUGUUAUGGUCUCCUUCUGUUAAGAAAUGUAAUGUUUGUGCUAUUUUUGUGAUUCAGAGAUACUGAUUUAGGAGGGAGAUGUACAGAAUGACAUCUCUCUUGCCAUACAAGUUUUCCUUUUCUACACAGCUACUGCCUGGUUCCUUUCAGUCCUGCAGAGAGCAUUCAAGGACUGUCCACUGGGACAGAGGAUGAUAGUUAAGCUUUGUGUUCAGGUUUAGCAAGCUCCCUGUUCUUCACUAUUAAAACCUUUGCAUGAGCAGGUGCAAUUCCUCCUCCUCAAAGGCCACCUUCAUGCUCUCCUACGUUUUUUUCAUCCAGCUCGUCCCAAAAGUGAGGCCAUCUCCAAGUUAGUGUUUUUUCACCUAGUCCAUCCAGUAGAGGCUCACUGAUUUCUAACACUGCUUUCUGUCAUUCUCUGUGUCCUAGCCAGCUGCUGUGAGCGCAGAGUGACUAUUGGGCUGGGCAAGUUUCUGCUGCACAUUGUGGAAAACCCCCUGUUCUUCCUUAUUCCAUUCUAUGAGAUAAAAUUACCAGGCACCUCUACUAUUGUACUGAAGAUGCCAGUUCUGUGGUAUUGGGCAUAUGCGUGUCAAAGAUCCCAAUCCAAAAAUCACUGAUAAAGGAAAUAUACUUUGAUUUUAGUGGUCCCUGAAUCCAAUCUUAAGUCUGUGGGAAGUAAAUACACUUACCACUACAUGAAGGAUUAGCAACUCCUUCUUGUGGACUCCUAGAACUGUACAAAAAGCUAGCGAAAGCUUCCUGACAUUCUUACAUCAGUCCAAGCUUUCAUAUUCAAGUAAAUACAAGCAAUUCAGCCUGGACAUUAUCUUUUUUAAAGGAAAAAUUCACACUGUAAUGUGAGAUGAAAGUUGAGUCUUGACUAAGAAAAGGAACACAGUGUCUAAAGAGCUAUACAGUAUGCAUUAUGGCAAUAAUACUUACCCUCUAAAUAUUCACUCCAUGGCCUAUAAAGGCAAUUGAUAAAUAAUCAAGCAUCCUUUCAUUCAAAUUUUAGAUUUUAAGGCAGUGAAAAAAUGACUGAGAUACCAAUUAUUGUUUUAAGGUAUGAAGCUCUGUUUCUACAAAUCCAUGCACUGUGUGCAUGAAGAAAAAGACUGAGAAAAGGCUGUAUGUGAUAACACUGUAACUAACAGAAGAAUGUAAAUAUAUUUGAAAGUUCUACAGUUUUGAUACUUUUUUAAAGACACACAUGCACACACAUACACCCCCUGUAAAAAUCAUGUAUAAAAGGUUGCAGUUUUUUUCAAACCAUUGUAAAUGAAUUCACUGUGCAGUGUUGAUUUCAAACUUUACAGAUUUAUAACUACUGAAAAGUCAAACACCAAAUUUGUUUUUUUAAGAAAUUAAUUAUUUUAAAUAAUGGUUCAGAUUGUUAGGAUGAUAUUUAACAUUGUAAUCAUUUCUGAUCUCUGUCUUGUCAUAUUGAAGUUCUGUUAGAGUACGUUCUUGCUUGGUGCCUUUUGUGUUUCAGUUUUUAUGUUAUGGAUAAAAGGACCAGGGAGGGGCGGGGGAGGGAUCUGCUCUAUGAUGUAACAUUUGCUGUACUUACAUAAAUAAGGAUUACUGAAAACCAAAUGAAUACAUUUGUAAAACAGUGCACUGUUUCUACAGAAAGAUUAAAUUUUUUUUAUCUGGG